AUGAAAACCAGUCUCAUUCUCCCCGUCCUCGCUCUCUUCUCCGCCGGCUUCGCCGUCGCCCUUCCGGCCGCCGAGGCUCAGGAUAACACUGAUCCGCAAUCCGAUCCUGGAGAGGUUGGCACUGCAGCCAUCAUCAGGGGUUGUGGUGCACGACAUACCUGCAAUAUUGAUACUGUUCGCCUUACUGCCGUUUGCAGCUAA